CGGUGUGUACGUGUGGCCGCUCUGCCGCUGCAGUCGCCUCUUUCUUUCGGGCCAGAUAGCGGAUCCCACGGGGGGCUCAGAAAAAAAAAAAAAACAAUGGUGAAAAUAACACGAGUGAAGACCAAGCCGUACUCGGACCAGAAGCCGGGGACGAGCGGCCUGAGGAAGAGGGUGACGGUGUUCCAGCAGAACCAGCACUACGCGGAGAACUUCAUCCAGAGCAUCAUCUCCGUCAUCGAGCCCGCCGAGCGGCAGGCUGCCACCGUGGUGGUGGGAGGAGACGGGAGGUUUUUCAUGAAAGACGCCAUCCAGCUGAUCGUCCAGAUCGCCGCAGCCAACGGGAUUGGUCAUCUUGUGAUUGGCCAGGAUGGCAUCAUGUCCACCCCAGCGGUCUCCUGUGUGAUCCGCAAGAUAAAGGCAGUGGGCGGCAUUAUCCUCACAGCCAGCCACAACCCCGGAGGCCCCAAUGGAGACUUCGGCAUUAAGUACAACAUCUCCAGUGGAGGACCUGCUCCAGAGGGCAUCACAAACAAAAUAUUUGAGAUCAGCAAAACCCUGCAGGAGUAUCAGAUCUGCCCAGAGCUGAAAAUUGAUCUGUCCAAGAUCGGCAAGCAGACCUUUGAGGUGGACACCUUCAAGCCUUUCACAGUGGAGAUUGUGGACUCUGUGGAGGCCUACGCUGAGAUGCUCAGGAGCAUCUUUAACUUUGCUGAGCUGAAGGAGCUCCUCUCUGGAGCCAAUCACAUCAACGUCCGCCUGGAUGCUAUGCACGGAGUUGUGGGUCCUUAUGUGAGGAAGAUAGUCUGUGAAGAGCUGGGCUCUCCUGCCCACUCAGCCGUCAACUGUGUCCCCAAGGAGGACUUUGGGGGCCACCACCCCGACCCCAACUUGACCUACGCUGCCGACCUGGUCAACACCAUGAAAGGAGGAGAAUAUGAUUUGGGUGCAGCCUUUGAUGGGGAUGGUGACCGAAACAUGGUGCUGGGCAGAAACGGCUUUUUCGUGAACCCCUCCGACUCCGUGGCGGUCAUUGCUGCCAACAUUAACACCAUCCCAUACUUCCAAAAGACCGGGGUCAGAGGGCUGGCCCGCAGCAUGCCCACCAGCGGAGCCCUGGACAAUGUGGCUAAAGCUCUGCAGAUGCCGCUGUACGAGACUCCAACUGGCUGGAAGUUCUUUGGCAACCUGAUGGAUGCUGGAAAGCUUUCACUGUGUGGAGAGGAGAGCUUCGGCACAGGCUCGGAUCACAUCCGGGAGAAGGACGGCUUGUGGGCAGUGCUUGCAUGGUUGUCAAUUCUUGCGACCAGGAAACAGAGUGUGGAAGAGAUCAUGAAGGAUCACUGGCAGAAAUUUGGCAGGAACUUCUUCACCAGGUACGACUAUGAGGAGGUGGACUCGGACGCCGCCAACAAGAUGAUCACGGAUCUGGAGACGGCAAUGUUCGACCCGUCGUUCAUAGGGAAGAAGUUCUCGUCGGGCGACAAGACGUACGAGGUGGCUGUCUCUGACAACUUUGCUUACACGGACCCUGUGGACGGGAGUGUGUCCAAAAACCAGGGCCUCAGGAUGAUCUUCUCUGAUGGUUCUAGGGUCAUUUUCCGUCUCAGCGGUACGGGCAGCGCUGGAGCGACCAUCCGGCUCUACAUAGACAGCUAUGAGAAGGACCCCGAGAAGAUUUACCAAGACCCGCAGGUGAUGCUGGCUCCCCUGGUGGACAUCGCCCUGAAGGUUUCUCAGCUCCAAGAGAAGACCGGACGCACCGGCCCCACUGUGAUCACAUGAUUCCUCUGCCUCCACUCAGCAACAGGAACCCUCCCGUCUCUCUCCGGGGUGAAGCUGGCCAUGAACCCGUGGUUUCAGUUCGUGGCCGUCUUACGAACCCAGCUGGAUGAAAAAGAGGGAAUGCAAGUUGAACGCGUGUAAAAUACCCGACUAGCUGUUGAUUUACCGUACAAUGAUACAAGUUAUCCACUGCGUAGGACUACAGUCAGUGUUAAUAUGCUGUUUUAUUAAAAUGGGAAGGCAGUGAGACAUUGUCACAUGGUAAUGUUAAUUAAAUGGGGUUUUAAAGAAAAAAACAUUGAAAGAUUCAAAGUGGGCGGAAGAACUGGAUUUGAAUGCCUCGUGUAAUUUCUGCAAUAAUGUAAUAGUGCAUAUCUGUUUGUUGAACCAUGUCAUUAAGGGGAGAAAGUCACCAUGAAUCAGCUAUUUGGGGGAACCUCAUCCCACAUUUCCCUGACUGCCCAUGAACCACAGCAAAGCCUUGAGAACUAACACAUCCUCCAAAUAAAUAAAUUAUCUCACAUAAAAGAA